GAUUUCCAUAUAGAAAUAAAACACAAUUUGAAGUAACACAUGAUGAAGUUUAUACAAAAGAUAUGCAAUAUAAAACUUUAGAAGAACGACGUCAAGAAUUUGAUCCUGAACCAAUACGUGUUGAUAAAGUAAAUAUUGGUAUAUUAUCACCAAUAAAUAAUGUUUCGAAAGCGGAAGUUCGUAGACGUUUUAAACAUUAUUCUAUACAACGUAAUCGAGCUGAUUUAAAAAAAUUACAUUAUGAUGGAGCACUUCGAAUUCCACUUGAUGAAGUUCAUGAUGAUUGGUUAUCUAGUCAAGAAUUUUCUGAUAAUCUUCAUAUGAUUGCUAAUCAUUAUGGUAUUUUUGAUGAUCUAUUUCAACACGGUCAUUUUAUUCCUCGUAUACCAUUACAUGUAAAUUAUCCAUAUAAUAAUGAUCAAGUUACACCUGUUUAUAGUGGAAAUCGACUCUAUGCAAAAGAUGCAAGUGAAAAACCACAAAUUGAAUGGAAAAGUACCAAUAAAGAAAAUGAAUUUUAUACAUUAGUAUUUACAAAUUUGGAUGGACAUUUAAAAGAAGAUAAUGCUGAAGUACUUCAGUGGUUUGUAGGAAAUAUUCCUGGAAAUCAAAUAGAUAAAGGUGAAACAUUAUGUUCAUAUUUACCACCAUUCCCACCUAAUGGUAGUGGAUGGCAUCGAUGUGUAUUUCUGUUAUACAAACAUGAAAAUGGACCGAUUAAUUAUUCUGAAGUAUAUGGAUCUCUUCCCGGCAAUAGUGUUAGUCUUGAAAAACGUACUUUUCGUACAUUUGAUUUUUUCAAUAAACUCUGUUCACAAUUACGACCAAUUAGUUUAGCUUUCUUUCAAGUUACAUGGGAUGCAAGUGUUAAAGAUAUAUUUCAUAAUGUAUUAGGUAUGAAAGAACCACGUUAUGAAUUUGAUUUUGAA